GUAAUUCUGGAAACUAUGGACAUACUCUUUAGAAUAAGAGGAGGCCUGGAUCUUGCAUUUCAGCUGGAUACUACUGAUGAUCUCUUUCUGGUUCAUUCAUCAUCACCAGCAGUAGAGGUUCCACAGGAGAAAUUUUGUCUUCACCUACUACCAGUACAAUGCUACUAAAGACAGUGAGGUUCCACAGGUGUAAAUAAAGCUGGAAUGUGGCUCUGCAGUUGGAAGGGAGGCCAUGAUUCUGUAAAGACUGAAGCAUGUGUGUAACUUUACACUUAGACUUCGGCGAAAAAGGCAGUAAAAUACGUUUUCAGUGAUCUGUCGACCAAACUGUCUUCAAAUGUGCUGGUAUUAAGAAUUUGCCAUAGUUCAGUGUAUGUAUGGCCUAACAGUAGUAUGAACACAGUUCCAUCAGAACUGACUGAUAAUUCUGUUUGUAAGGAGAUAAUACGAUUUAUUCAAUUUGACCAAGAAGAUGAGACCAAAAGAAAACUUGCAAAAAAGAAGGAUAAAAAGUUCCAAGAUACGAAGCAGAUAGUAAAUGUAGACCUUAUGUUGGAAAUGACAUCUCCUUUGGCAGCUGUAGCCCCAGUCAUUGAAAGGGAAAACAAGAGACACCACUACGUUAACAUGACCUUACCAAUUGAUGUUGUUGUAUCUGUUUCUCCAGAAGAGCCAUGGAGGAAUGUACGAAAUCUCCUGGUGAAUGCAAUUCAUAAGCAACUAACUGAUAUGGAAAGAUGCAUUUUGAAAUAUAUGAAGGGAACAUCUAUUGUGGUACCUGAACAAUUUCACUUCAUGCUACCAGGAAAAAAGCACCUUGUAACAAUUUCAUAUCCUACAGGCAUUUUAGAGAAUCAUCUAGAGACUUACAGAAAGGAAUUACAUGAACUGUUCCAUCUGCCCUCCGAUAGACCAUAUUUAAGAAGAGCGAAUGCUUAUCGCUUUCCAGAUGAACCGUAUAAAGAUGGAUAUCUCAGAAAUCCACACACCUAUCUCAAUCCACCUGGCAUAGAGGCUGGUAUGGUCUAUUUGGUACAUGGUGUAUAUAGUUAUCAUCAUUAUAUGCAGGAUCGGAUAGAUGAUAAUGGCUGGGGAUGUGCCUACCGGUCUCUGCAGACUAUCUGUUCAUGGUUCAAACAUCAGGGUUACACAGAGAAAUCUGUACCUACACACAAGGAGAUUCAACAGGCACUUGUUGAUGUUGGAGACAAACCAGCUGCAUUUGUUGGGUCGCAGCAGUGGAUUGGCUCUGUUGAGGUACAACUUGUAUUGAACCAGUUAUUAGGAAUAACUUCAAAAAUACUGUUUGUCAGCCAGGGUUCUGAGCUAGCUUCUCAGGGAAGAGAACUUGCUAAUCAUUUCAAGACUGAAGGAACUCCAGUUAUGAUUGGUGGAGGCGUUCUGGCUCACACAAUACUAGGAGUGGCAUGGAAUGAGGUUACAGGACACAUUAAAUUUCUGAUUCUAGACCCACAUUACACUGGUGCAGAAGAUCUGCAUGUUAUCUUGGAAAAGGGUUGGUGUGGAUGGAAGGGUCCAGACUUUUGGAGCAAGGAUGCUUAUUACAACCUCUGCCUACCUCAGCGACCAAAGACUAUUUAAAUUCCAAUUGCAAAAAAUCAUGUUAAUCCAGAAUUUAAGACUUGAUAUAGACAGAGCUGGCUUAUUUAAAAUAAAAUGCAUAAGCUUUAGAAAACUUA